AUGGGGAAAACAUCCAAAGACAAGCGGGAUAUAUAUUAUCGUCUGGCGAAGGAAGAAGGAUGGCGAGCUCGCAGUGCAUUUAAGUUAAUGCAGAUCGACGAUGAAUUUAAUAUAUUUGAAGGUGUUCAUCGAGUUGUUGAUCUAUGUGCUGCACCUGGUAGCUGGAGUCAAGUUUUAUCAAAAAAAGUGUAUUUUGCGCAAGAUGAAAAGGAACGGAAAGCUGUACGUAUAGUCGCUGUCGAUUUACAACCAAUGUCACCACUUCCUGGUAUAAUUCAAUUGCAGGGUGAUAUAACCGAGGCUUGUACAGCCAAGAAAAUUAUUUCUUAUUUGGAAGGAUCAAAGGCUGAUUUGGUUAUUUGCGAUGGCGCUCCCGAUGUAACUGGACUACAUGCACUUGACGAAUACAUGCAGAGUCAGCUUGUUUUAGCAGCAUUGAAUAUUGCAACGUUCGUAUUAAAAGAAGCAGGAACCUUUGUUGCUAAGAUAUUUCGUACACGUGAUAUCACACUACUAUAUGCGCAGUUGAAAAUUUUUUUCAAAGAGGUCUACUGUACGAAGCCACGUAGUAGCCGGCAAAGUAGUUGUGAGGCAUUUGUUGUUUGUAAUGGAUUCAGUUUACCGAAGAGAUAUACACCAACGAUGAAAAAUCCAAUGUUAUGUCCAGACUAUGAUGCUGAAGUGAACAGUUUGUUGGGAUCCAGCCGCCUUCUGGUACCAUUCCUUGCCUGUGGUGAUUUGUCCGGCUGGGAUUCAGAUCGGACAUACGAGCUGGAAUUGCCAGGUUUUUCGGAUGAAGCACAGCGGAGACGAUAUGAAUAUAAGCCAGUAGUGCAGCCUCCUACGGAACCUGCAUACAAAAAAGCAUGUACCUUGAAAAGAUCUGGUAAACUUGCUAGACCUGAAAUGGAAGAUCCGUUCUUCAAAUGUGGUAUCCCAAUUCGAAAGGCAGCAGCGGACAAAAAAGGAAUGGAUUCUGCUGGAAAUUUAGGGAUUGGUGACGAGUUAGCUGAAGCAUUUGCAGAAUGCUUUGUUUUUAAUAAUUAA